CCUCCCACUUCAGAGAGAGAAGAGCUACUCCACCUGUGUAACCAUCAUGUCAGCCAUGCUGGGAUUCCUGACUGUGCUGCUCUGGGCUACUGUGGCGUAUUCCGACAUUAGUCCCAUGACUGACUUCAGUUUGGAUGGGAUGAAAGGAAAGUGGUACAGUAUUGGUGUUGCCUCAAAUGCAAAAUGGUUCACCACUCAUAAAGCCAACAUGAAGAUGGGAACCCUCCAAGUAGAGCCUACAGCUGAUGGAGAUCUUCACGUGACCUUCACUUAUCUGCAUAAAGGUUCCUGCUGGGAAAAGAGCCACGUUGCUAAGAAGACUGACACUUCUGGAUGUUUUUUUUAUCACAGCAAACACUCGGGAAGUAACAAUGACAUGUGUGUAAUUGAUGCAAAAUUUGAUGAGUUUGUCAUCAUACACGUGACCAAUACCGAAGUGGGGCAUUCUUCCACGUACAUUAAGCUGUGUGGCCGCAGCCCACACCUCAGCAACGGUGUGGUGGAAAAGUUCCAGAAAUUCGCCCUGGACAACGGCAUCGAGUCCGAAAACAUCCUCACCCUGCCCCCAAAUGCUGAAUGCGGAGAUUAAUAACCAUCUCAUGCCUUUGAUUUGAAUCAUCUUCAGAAAUAUGUUCUAUGCAUCAAAUGAGAAUGAUCAAAGGAGGAUGAUCAAAGGAGGAUGAUUAAGUUUAUCUGACCAAUGCAGAUAAAGUUUAAGUAAGCUUUUGUAUCUUAUGUGUAGGACCAUCAGUCAUCAGUAAAUAAAGAUUUAGCACCACUGAGUGACUCCACAUUAAUUGAACACAAGCAAUGCACACACAACUGAACCGAGAGCAGAGGAGCACCAUUUAAAUGCACAUACAUCAUUCAUGUCUCAUAAAACAAACAAAAUAAACACAAACAAACA